AUUUUAUUACACAGAUUUUAUAAUAAAAUAUCAAAUAACUGCGUCUUAAUGAUUUAAUAAAUCUGAUGGUAAGUCAGUAAAUCAUAAGUUAGUACUGCGCAACUCGAGUUGUUUUGAAUGAUGGUGAUGGUAUUGAUAUGAAGAAACAAGAGACUGAAUCGAGAGAGUUCCACACUGCAUGCAGAGGGUGAUUUAAAUAAUAAAUAAGUUGUUAUCAUGUUAUCAAUACGCUUGCGCAUCUAUGACGAGAUAUCUAGCAAAAACUUACAUAUUUUCGUCUGCUCAUUUUAAAAGUUAACAUUGUUUACGUUUGCCAAGGUAUCAUCAAUUCUCUAUGACAAUUAAAUAACAUGAUACAUCAUCAAGUUUAAGUUUUACAAAUAAAAUUCAGAAGAAAAUACUAAGAUUACAAAUAAAAACAAUGAUGACGUCUGGUAAUGUUGCCUCCAGGCAAUUUUCAUCCGCCAGCACAAUUAACAAAAAGCUGGACAAAAUAAAUGCUGGAAUAAUAACAUCUUGCAUUGUCGGUAUGUCUUUAUCAUAUUAUGCUUAUAUUGUUGAAACGACCAAGGAAAAAGAUCACAAUUAUAUGGCAAUGUGUGAUAUCAGUGAACACGUCAGUUGCACCAGAGCAUUUAUGUCUGAAUAUGGCAAAGGAUUCGGACUUAUUCCCAAAACAUCGAUAUUUUAUUUACCUAAUAGUGUCUAUGGACUGGUAUUCUAUGGAAUAGUUUUUGCUUUGAAUAUUUUCAAUAAUUAUGGCCUAGCUGUAAUAGUAUUAAUUUUGACAGCUCUGUCAAAUUUAAGCUCCAUUUAUUUGGCUUGGGUUCUUUGGGUACUUAACGACAUAUGUGUCGUAUGUAUCAGCACGUACAUUGUAAAUUUUAUCCUUGUUAUUCUCAGUUACAACAAACUAUUGCAUAUUCGUCGGCAGAUUUCCGCAACCGCUGGACGGCAGACGUCCUCGUCUGGACACAAAACUACUCAUAAAAAAAAGAGGCAUUGAAUAUAUUACUCUGUUUUUUUUUCUUUUUAUUUAUGCUCAGUUUUAAUUUAAAAAAAAAUAUAUAUUUAUAUUCAAUAUUGAUAAAUGCCAUGUAAUUAUACA